AUGGGUUUAUUGACAGCUGCAGUUGCCACAGCAGCAGGCGCAGGCCUGUCAAUAGCGGCUGCUCCAGUUGUUUUGGGAGCUGUCGGCUUCACCUCAAUCGGCAUUACAGCAGGAUCCUAUGCCGCCGCGAUGAUGUCAAGCGCUGCUGUCGCCAAUGGCGGCGCAGUUGCCGCAGGCAGCGCGGUAGCUGUGCUGCAGUCGGCAGUGACAACGGCAGUUGCUACAGUAGCAGGCGCAGUGUUCACCUCAAUCGACAUCGCAGCAGAUGUCGCCAUGAUGAUGUCAACCGCUGCUGCAGCCAAUGGAGGCACAAUGCCAACAGGCAGCACGAUGGCAGUGGCGUGGUCAUAUACAGAAACCCACAGUCGCACCGUGGACAGUAACGCUCUGUCGCCCUCUACUGUUCAGAUUGUAACAUAG